UUCAAAACAAAAGGCUAAUAAUGAUAGUAUGAUACCAACAUUUUAGGGCCAUUUGCAUAAAAAAAUUCUGAACUACAUGGCUCUGCCCAACCCUAAACCUUAGGAACCUCUCAGUCUCACUCUCAGCUUCCCUCACUCAUCCGAAAUUCUGAGGAUACUGGAGUAGAAUGGACCAGUAUGAAAAAGUUGAGAAGAUAGGGGAAGGGACCUACGGUGUGGUUUAUAAGGCGCGGGACAAGGUUACGAAUGAGACUAUAGCUUUGAAGAAAAUCCGGUUGGAGCAGGAGGAUGAAGGAGUUCCGAGCACGGCGAUCAGAGAAAUCUCCCUCUUGAAGGAGAUGCAGCAUGGCAACAUUGUCAGGUUGCAGGAUGUAGUGCACAGUGAGAAGCGCUUGUAUUUGGUUUUUGAGUAUUUGGACCUAGACUUAAAGAAACACAUGGAUUCAUCCCCUGAUUUUGCAAAGGAUCCACGUAUGAUUAAAAGGUUUCUUUAUCAAAUUCUUCGUGGUAUAGCAUAUUGUCACUCUCAUCGUGUCCUGCACAGAGAUCUGAAGCCACAGAAUUUGUUGAUAGAUCGUCAAACUAAUGCACUAAAGCUUGCGGACUUUGGAUUGGCAAGGGCCUUUGGUAUUCCUGUGAGGACAUUUACACAUGAGGUGGUGACAUUGUGGUACAGAGCUCCAGAAAUAUUGCUUGGUUCUCGCCAUUACUCUACUCCUGUGGAUGUAUGGUCUGUGGGUUGUAUCUUUGCUGAGAUGGUGAAUCAGAAGCCGUUAUUUCCUGGAGAUUCGGAGAUCGAUGAACUUUUCAAGAUUUUCAGGACCUUGGGUACUCCAAGUGAGGAGACAUGGCCUGGAGUGACCUCCUUGCCUGACUUCAAAUCUUCAUUCCCUAAAUGGAUCUCUAAGGAUCUAUCGGCAAUAGUACCAAAUCUUGAUCCAGCUGGUAUCGAUCUCCUAAAUAAAAUGCUUUGCUUGGAUCCGAGCAAAAGAAUUACAGCCAGGAAUGCUCUUGAACAUGAAUACUUCAAGGACAUUGGCUUUGUACCCUGAUUUUGCUGUUCGCCUUUCAGAUUACCUCGUGUGAAUAUUGGGAGUUUAUGGAAGAAUUUCUGUUAAUCUAUUUUUCGCGAGUGAGUUUUGCUAUUGUUGUAGAUCUUUGUUGCUAUGCCUAUUAUCUUCUUCGCCAGAAUUUCAUGUUGUGUAAUUGACUAUUUUGCAAAGGGAUCGAGAAUUUGUGCAGCCCCAUUGCGAUAUUCAGAUUAUCCCUGUGUUUUGUAUCA